AUGGAUUCGCCGUUCAUCCCCGCGCGCGGCGCGCCCUCGCGCGCGUCCGCCGCGCCGCUUCUUCCGAGGCGCGCGCCAUCGCGCGCGGACGCGGCGCCGGACGGGGGGGGGGCCGCUACGCGGUGGUCUUCGAUCUACAUCUCGUCGUCGCGCGCGCUCGCGCUCGUCGCGGCGUGCGUCGUCGCGGCGUGCGUCGUCGCGGUCGUCCUCGUCGCGUCGAGUCCGACCGCGCCGCCGUCCGCGUCGACGACACCUCGCGUCUCCUCGCUCGGCGCGUUGCGGCGAUCGCCCGCGUCGUCGCGCGACGCGCCGCUCUCGGCGCUCGCGAGCGGCGCCGCGCUCGGCGCGACCGACGCGCGCGGAUCGGGAGGGGGCGGAUCCGACGGAGGGAAUCCGAAGACGCGGCACGCGGCGCCCGAGGGCUGGGGCGUCGGCUCGGACGCGGACCUCUCCGCGGACGAGCUGAGAGCCAAGAUCGACGCGAUGCGCCGCGCGUUCGACCCGCCCUCCGUCGGCCUCCCGCGCGACUUCGACGCGCGCGUCGCGUUCCCCGCGUGCGCGGCGCUCAUCGGCGGCGUGCGCGACCAGGGCGAGUGCGGCUCGUGCUGGGCCAUGGCGGCGACGGAGGUGAUGAACGACAGGCUGUGCGUGAAGACGAACGGCGCGGAGAGACGACGGAUGAGCGCGCAGUUCACGCUGGCGUGCACGGUGGACCACGGGAACGCGGGGCAGAACGGCUGCCGCGGCGGCAGCGUCGGCGCGACGCUGGACGAGGCGAGGACGCUUGGCGUGCCGUUCGAAGAGUCGAAGAGCAAGGUGGAUUCGGAUUCCAACGCGGACGACGCGGAUGACGCGGCGGCGGCGGUCGCGAGGGAAGGCGAAGGCGAGACGGACCGCGGGGACGACCGGGCGUCCGCGGCCGCCGCCGCGUCGCCGUCCGCGCCGUCGAAGAAGACCGAGAAGACCAACAAGAGGAAGCCGUGCCUCGGGUAUCAGUUCAAGCCGUGCGAGCACCCGUGCCAGAACCCGGAGGCGGAGGCGGCGUCGUGUCCCGCCGCGUGCGACGACGGCGAGGCGUUCGAGAAGGCGUACCCGACGACCGGCGCCGUGGCGUGCCCGGCCGGGGACUGGGCGUGCGUCGCGAGGGAGAUCCACGCGCACGGGUCGAUCGCGGUGACGUUCGGGACGGUGCACGACGACUUUUACGCGCACAAGACGGGAAUAUAUCGCGUCGCGGACGCGGCGUUGGGUCGCAGCGGGCUGGGCGAUCACGCGACCAAGCUGAUCGGGUGGGGGUUCGACGACGAGACGAAGGACCCGUACUGGCUGAUGAUGAACUCGUGGGCGAACUGGGGCGAGGACGGCGUCGGGAAGGUUGGCGUCGGGGAGAUGAACUUGGAGGGCGAGGCGGUGGGGGUGCAGAUGUAG